AUGAACGGUAAAAUAUGGGUCGUCGUCAUUUUGAAAGCCAUCGCAUCGCCCACUCUCACACUGACAGCUGAAACUAGCAGGAACAGUUGCUACAUCCCAAAUAUUCAUUCCAGCUGCACCAACCUGGGUCAGAUCUGCCUAACCGACUUCAAAUACAACGAAAGUCGCUUCAAACAUCUAAAAGAAAAUUACGAGGGAACUGAAUCCAAGAGAAUCUUGUUUUUCCUCAUUGACGAUAGCGUUCGCUAUUCGCAACCAGCGAGCCUGAGAAAUCUCACACUUUACGAUGAAGUUCCUAAUUUUUUUGCAAGCUUGUCAACCUAUCUCAAAAAAAUUGGCAGCUCAUAUUCGCAAAUACUCUGCUACAGUUUUGACAAGAGCGGAAAGAGUAGAUUUACGUGGAGCAUGACAGCUCCAUCCAUGUUUACAGAUACAACUUUCCAAAAUUGUUCCAAUUUGAUGAUUGCCGACAACAGUAAAGAAGAGGUAGUUGGUAAAAAAUUGAUCGAUGGUAUAAAAAGUUUCAGCGAUCUUGCACUAAGCGAGUACCAGCAAAGAAGUGAUUACAAAAUUUCUCUAUGGAUCCUCACUGACGCUCGCACUGACGAGCGGAACUUUAACACUUACGAAUCCGAAGUUGAGGCCUUGAAAAUUAGUUAUUUGAAAAAUGUUACAGUUUUUACUGUCUCGAUGGGCCAGUGUCCGGAUGGAUAUUUCGACAGGCAAGUCUAUGAAAAUGUUAUGCACAAUCUGGCGAGCAGUAGGGGGCAGUCUGCCUGCUUUCAUCGGUGGACGGAUGAUUUGUACAAUUUCAAAGUGGACGGCUUGUACCAGGAUUGCUCGUCAGCAGAUUCAGUUCAAGUUCAAGUUCCUAAUGAUAAUAAAGUAUCGAUAGGAAUAAUUGUUGGAUCAGUUGUCGGUGGAGUUCUUUUCCUACUACUUAUCAUCAGCCUCAUCUUCAUCAUCAUCUUCCUGAGACAAAAAAGAAGGGUCAAUGAAGGGGCUGAGUUGAAAUGCCCCACUUGCAAUUCAAGCGAAUGUUUCUGCCCUGUGCCUCCAGUUCCAUGCGCCAAACAUCCUGUUAAGAAAGUUGAUCAGCCCGGCCAACAUAAAUAUGACAACUUUGAAGACGGCGAUGUUGCUCAGAGCAAAUCUUUGCAAACAGAAGGAGCUGAAGAAACAGUUGAAGUUGCAUACAGGAAACCGAAUUUCUUAACCAAAGACAACGUUAAUUAUGGUCACCAGAUCUCUUCUAGAGAGAAAUUUGUUGAGGUGUUUGUUCAUGCAAUCACAACCAAAUAUAACAUUGUUUGUAAUUCUCUUCCUAAGCCUCCAGUUCGACCGAAGAAUCAAUCUUGGUUGAACAUUCUAGAAUGUGGUCUGGAAGGUUGGAGUGAAUAUUUGAGGAAAUAUUCAGAAACGAUGGGCAUUGAUUUCAUUGCCUGCUACUCUUUCGACCCAAAGAACAACGCCUUUGCGAAAUCCAGCAACACGAUCUCCAUAAAAAUUGAGGAACGCAAAGAGUUGAUUGCGCUAUUCAGUUGUGGCCCUGCAGAAGCUUCCAGCGUCGGUAACAGUAAGAAGAGUCGCAAGAGACAGAAGCAGCCGAAAAAUCUUCCGAAUCUCGAGGCCAAUUCAAUCCCCUCUAAGGCCUAUUUCAACGACAUCAACUUCCAGAUCAUCAAGCACACUAAACAAACUUUGGUGGGAACCUGCUUCAAAGAUCUAUUUGCCAAUCGCAAUAGAAGUUCCAGCCACAACAGCCACAACGACGACAAUGACGACAACUGCUACUACAUGAAGCCGUUGAAAUUUCACGCCAUAAACGAUUGCUCGUGGAUCGCUAUCGCCGUCUUCGAGGAGAAAGAUGAAAAAUUUGAAGAAAACGUCAAAUCGGUCUUGGAGAAUAUUUUGAAAGGCAUUUCCGGAUCACGUGUUUGGCCACUUCCGGCUGCCCGCUGGCUAUCAACCUUCAAACAUAUGAGGCUCAGUUGGUUGUUAGCAUUUGCUAUAGAGUCUUAUAAUAUUGAAAAAUUCAUGGCGGGCGAUAAUAAAUGCCUCGCUGCCACCGGCGACAGAAUGAAGCGCUAG